CGCAGCCAGCAGAGAAGGCGGAAGCAGUGGCGUCCGCAGCUGGGGCUAGGCCUGGGGACGGCUCGCGGAGAUGGCGACGGAGCCCGUUAGACCCAGAGUUUGACGUCCCAGCAGCCACGUCUCGGCGCGCAGUGUCUGUAUCCGUCCUCUACCAGCACCUUGGCUGAGCGGAGUCGUGCGGCUCGCAGGGGAGCCCUGCCCGCCUGGUUCGGCCUCCCUGCGCGCUUGAGUGAGCAAGUGAUAAUCAAGUUACUAUGAGUCUGCUAAACUGUGAAAACAGCUGUGGAUCCAGCCAGUCUGAAAGUGACUGCUGUGUGGCCAUGGCCAGCUCCUGUAGCGCUGCAACAAAAGAUGAUAGUGUGAGUGGAACUGCCAGCACGGGGAACCUCUCCAGCUCAUUUAUGGAGGAGAUCCAGGGAUAUGAUGUAGAAUUUGACCCACCCCUAGAAAGCAAGUACGAAUGCCCCAUCUGCUUGAUGGCACUACGAGAAGCAGUGCAAACACCAUGCGGCCAUAGGUUCUGCAAAGCCUGCAUCAUAAAAUCAAUAAGGGAUGCAGGUCACAAAUGUCCAGUUGACAAUGAAAUACUGCUGGAAAAUCAACUAUUUCCAGACAAUUUUGCGAAACGUGAGAUUCUUUCUCUGAUGGUGAAGUGUCCACAUGAAGGUUGUUUGCAUAAGAUGGAACUGAGGCAUCUUGAGGAUCAUCAAGCACAUUGUGAGUUUGCUCUUGUGGAUUGUCCGCAGUGCCAACGUCCCUUCCAAAAAUUCCAUAUUAAUAUUCACAUUCUGAAGGAUUGUCCAAGGAGACAGGUUUCUUGUGACAACUGUGCUGCAUCAGUGGCAUUUGAAGAUAAAGAGAUCCAUGACCAGAACUGUCCUUUGGCAAAUGUCAUCUGUGAAUACUGCAAUACUAUACUCAUCAGAGAACAGAUGCCUAAUCAUUAUGAUCUAGACUGCCCUACAGCUCCAAUUCCAUGCACAUUCAGUACUUUUGGUUGCCAUGAAAAGAUGCAGAGAAAUCACUUGGCACGCCACCUACAAGAGAACACCCAGUCACACAUGAGAAUGUUGGCCCAGGCUGUUCAUAGUUUGAGCCUUAUACCCGACUCUGGGUAUGUCUCAGAGGUCCGGAAUUUCCAGGAAACUAUCCACCAGUUAGAGGGUCGCCUUGUAAGACAAGACCAUCAGAUCCGGGAGCUGACUGCUAAAAUGGAAACUCAGAGUACGUAUGUAAGUGAGCUCAAACGAACCAUUCGAACCCUUGAGGACAAAGUUGCUGAAAUUGAAGCACAGCAGUGCAAUGGAAUUUACAUUUGGAAGAUUGGCAACUUUGGAAUGCAUUUGAAAUGUCAAGAAGAGGAGAAACCUGUUGUGAUUCAUAGCCCUGGGUUCUACACAGGCAAACCCGGGUACAAACUGUGCAUGCGCUUGCACCUUCAGUUACCGACUGCUCAGCGCUGUGCAAACUAUAUAUCCCUUUUUGUCCACACGAUGCAAGGAGAGUAUGACAGCCACCUCCCUUGGCCCUUCCAGGGUACAAUACGCCUUACAAUUCUUGAUCAGUCCGAAGCACCUGUAAGGCAAAACCGAGAGAUAAUGGAUGCCAAACCAGACCUGCUUGCUUUCCAGCGACCCACAAUCCCACGGAACCCAAAAGGUUUUGGCUAUGUAACUUUCAUGCAUCUGGAAGCCCUAAGACAAAGAACUUUCAUUAAGGAUGACACAUUAUUAGUGCGCUGUGAGGUCUCCACCCGCUUCGACAUGGGUAGCCUUCGGAGGGAGGGUUUUCAGCCACGAAGUACUGAUUCAGGGGUAUAGCUUGCCCUCACUUGUUCAAAAACAACUACCUGGAGAAAACAGUGCCUUUCCUUGCCCUGUUCUCAAUAACAUGCAAAUAAGCCGCAGGAAAAAUGUAAUAUCUACUAGUGAGUGUUGUUAGAGAGGUCACUUACUAUUUCUUCCUGUUACAAAUGAUCUGAGGCAGUUUUUUCCUGGGAAUCCACACGUUCCAUGCUUUUUCAGAGAAGUUAGGUCUGAAGUGCCUGUGGCAUGUUGCAGCAGCUAUUUUGUCAGUUAGUAUACCUCUUUGUUGUGCUUUCUUGGGCUUUUGCUGCGGUGUAUUUUAUUGUCAGAAAGCCCAGACUCAGAGUACUAAACUUUUAAUAAUGAUGGACUUUCCUUAAAACUUAGUCUAUUUUAUAGUAUUAUAUGUAAUAUAUUAAACGUGAAAAUCACUACCGCCUCGUGCUAGUGCCCUCGAGAAGAGUUAUUGCUCUAGAAAGUUGAGUUCUCAUUUUUUUAACCUGUUACAGAUUUCAGAGGAUUUGAACCAUAAUCCUUGGAAAACUUAAGUUCUCAUUCACCCCAGUUUUUCCUCCAGGUUGUUACUAAGGAUAUUCAGGGAUGAGUUUAAACCCUAAAUAUAACCUUACUUAUUUAGUGUAAACAUGUCUGUUGAAUAAUACUUGUUUAAGUGUUAGUUAUGCCUUGCUUACAUAUUUCCUUGAGGUUACGGAGUAGCAUCUUCCCCAGAGUUUAUAAUGCUGAGAACCAUGUGGAUACCAAGUGCUCAUUGUAUGCUGUGUAACCCUUUUUGUCUAUUCAUUGCAGAGUGAAUUUCACAGCUCUGCAUGUAUCUUCAGUUGUUUAAUGCUUACAAGACAGGAGAUACACACAGUCAGCAACAUAAAAAUUAAAAGUGACUCAAGUAGUCAGCCCAUGUGGCAUCUCGUUGGUGGUGACAGAAGCUAUGUGAGCUGGAAGUUUUCAGCUCUUUCGAAUACCCUCUGUUUUAGUUCAAUUAAAUAGAACAAAAUUGAUUUCCUAUAAUGAGAAUUUUUUAAAACCUGGGAGAUGAUUGGAGAUACCUAAGAGGUCACCACACUAAGAUUAGAAGUCAUAGUGGUUGUAUCAAAACUUAGCUUGAGUACGUUGCUGUAGCCUAACAACUGCAGGUUCUGAGAAGGAUCCUGUGGAAUCCUGGAAGUAGCCAAAUUUUCCUAAUAGGGAAAGAUGAUUUUUUUGUGUGCCAUGUAUUUGUUAAAGGCCUAUAUAGAGAUAUAAAAUAUUGUGGAAUCUAGUUCUCAGGGAGACCCACAACUAGUAUAAGCUUAUAAAGGAUCUAAAGAUCUAUCCACCAUUUAAAGUUGUCUGGUAACGAGAGAUGACAUUGUAUCCCCAGAGAGGCCAAAUCAGGGUCCCCAGCCAGCGUUCUAGAUCAGCCUUAAUUUCAAGAGAAAGCCAAGGCCCUCAUCUACCGGGGAGUGUGGUUUUCAGCCCCAGCGAGUGUCAUUUUGAACUUUCCCUUUGCUUUUUUCUCUCUUCUCCCUCCCCACCCACCCUUAGGCUCCUGAUCUGGCGAGUUUGUUAUGGAGUGAAAAUAAAAGUCAAGCAGAGACUUUGUUCCCCAUGCCACCAUUAGUACCACAAGCUCAUGGCUAGUUACCACAUUAUUUCCUGGCAGUUUGUGUCCCUCAGCUGUGCCUUCCAACCAGCUCCUGAGAAUCACUGCAUACCACCUUCUACGUAGGGAAACCCACACUGCUGCUGUUCCUGUGAUUGUUUUACAAUGAAUAAAUAAUUGUCAAAUUCCAUUUAAAAAGUAAACAGUAGUAGUUUUGUAUUUGCAUAGAAAAAGCCUGGAGGAAAUAUACUAAACUUUUUGUUGGCUUAUUUUCCUUUGUGCUUGCUUAUAUUUUUUACAUUUUCUACAAUAAAUGUGUACUUUUAUCAGAGAAUUAAAUGUUGCCAUAAAACAUUCAAUCUCCACGCCCCCAGCUCAAAAAAGGAAAUGAUAUUUAAAAACUUCCUGGUCAGAUUUCUAUUAAAAGCAUUGGCUGUGCAUUAGGUACAAAGAGGAGUCAUUUCCUGCCUUAGUGAUACUAUUUUUUUCUACUAACUCAAGUCUUUUAAAAAAAAUUUUUUUUUGUUUUGCCUAAUUUCAGUUUUCAGCAAGCUUCCCAUCUGUAAAAUGAGUUGGACUAGAUGUUUCUGCAGUCCCCUCCAGCCAUAACAUUCUGUCUCAAAUUAAGUUCCAAGCACCAGAACACUGACAAUACUUACUAAAGUAUUUUGCCAGUAGAAAAUGUCUUUAACUUAUUAUUUGCUGACACUGAUACUUUCCUCUAAUUUAGUGUCUGUCGGCUGGGUCACAUCUGAAAUAAAAUGAGCAAUUUUAACCCCCAACAUUUGGCAUUUUGUCAUAAACCAGCCAGUUAUUUUAUGCUGGUCAGUCAUCAUGACUACAAAGUAAAAGAGUCAAGCUGUCAUUCCAAAUAAAACUUUUGACUUCAAUCAGAAUUAAGCCCUAACCUGGAAAGUUGGUUUCUUCCUUAUAUUUUCCCAGUCUCCUACUCUAUUCUUAAACAUGCUAGUUUCACUCAGUUGAGUGUACAAGCCUUUGGGCUUUAUGUUGUACGUUACUAACCAUCUUUUAACAUAUCUUUUGGCAUUAUUCUGGGACAUUGCUAAAUUAAAAAGAAAUUGUUUCCUCUUUUUCCGGAGAUGU